CCAAAUUUGCAUCUGGCAACCCGGCGUAGGAUUUUCUUCCACUAACAAAUUUACUACGUGGUCAACUUUGCCGACCAAGAACGAGAAAUUCCAGCGAUGCAUACGGUUCUGACCCGCGGAAACGCCACCGUGGCGUACACGCUCAGUGUCCUGGCCUGCCUCACCUUCAGCUGCUUCCUGUCCACCGUGUUUCUGGACUACCGCACCGACGCCAACAUCAACACUGUGCGGGUGCUGGUGAAGAAUGUCCCCGACUACGGAGCCUCCCGCGAGAAGCACGACCUCGGCUACAUCACCUUCGACCUGCAGACGAACCUCACCGGCAUCUUCAACUGGAACGUUAAGCAGCUGUUCCUCUAUUUGACCGCCGAGUACCAGACGCCGGCCAACCAGCUCAACCAAGUGGUGCUCUGGGACAAGAUCAUACUGCGCGGCGAGAACGCGGUGCUGGACUUUAAGAACCUGAACACCAAGUACUACUUCUGGGACGACGGCAACGGCCUGAAGGACAACCGGAACGUGUCGCUCUAUCUCUCCUGGAACAUCAUUCCCAAUGCCGGUCUGCUGCCCUCAGUUCAGGCCACCGGCAAGCACCUCUUCAAAUUCCCCGCCGACUACGCCACAUCGUCCAUUUAGGAUUAGUACUAGUUCGAAACUUGUAUAGUUUGUAUCAAAUAAAAUCUCUUCUCUGUAAUGAUUUCGGACUGAAUCCGGAGAAUUGGGGAGAAGCUUCUCCGAA